GUGGGGGGUCACGGAAGUCGGCGCCUUGAUACCGUAAUGUCCCGCCGCCUCCGUCGCGGACGCAGCUCUCUCCGCGGAGAGGGAGAGGUCGACGCGGGGAGGGCGUGAGCACGGGGAAAGGCGGCGGCGGAGGCGGAGAUGACGAGGCGGUGCUCGCACUGCAGCAACAACGGCCACAACUCCCGGACGUGUCCGGCGCGGGGAGGGGGCGUGCGGCUCUUCGGGGUGCGGCUGGCGGAGGGGGUGGCGGCCAUGAAGAAGAGCGCGAGCAUGGGGUGCCUUCCUUCCUCCUCCACCUCCGCCGCCGCGUGCGCCGCGUCGUCCUCACCCGCCGCCGGUGCCGCCGCGUCGCCAUGCGGCGAUCCGCUUGUCGACCACCACCACUCCGCCUCCGCCGCCUCCGGUUACGCUUCCGAUGACCCCGCCCGUGCCUCCUGUUCUUCUAAUUGCCGCAGCGAGCGCAAGAAAGGUGUCCCUUGGACCGAAGAUGAGCAUCGGAUGUUCUUGAUGGGCCUUCAGAAACUGGGAAAAGGUGACUGGCGUGGAAUAGCUCGGAACUAUGUUGUGUCUAGGACCCCAACACAAGUUGCAAGCCACGCACAAAAAUAUUUCAUCCGACAGAGCAAUGCCUCAAGAAGAAAGAGACGCUCCAGCUUGUUUGACAUGGUCCCUGAAAUGCCAAUUGACCAUGGCCCUCCACAUGAAGAACAGUUGUUGCCCAAUUCUCCUAUUGAAGUCGAGACCACCAAUAAAUUGCCAGCUUUGCAUCUUGGUCUACAGGGACCCAAGCCUAUCGAACCCUCAACAACCGAGCACGUUGCGGAACCAAGAGAAAGUAUCCCACAUGAGAAUCAUCCGGUAAUGAUGCUACCAAUGUUCUACCCGACCUUCAUACCAGUGCCUGUGCCAUUCUUGCCUUCGGAUUUGGCCGCCACUGCUAAAGAUGAUACGAUGGGGGAAGCCCACGAGGUUGUAAAGCCAACUCCUGUUGUCCGAAAGGAGCCAGUGAACAUGGAUGAGGUCAUCAGCAUGUCGAAGCUCCGCAUUGGCGAGGGUGUAGCCAGGAGCAUAGAGCCAUCUGCUCUCUCCUUCAAACUGUUGGGUUCCUCCUCUGCUUCAAGGCAGUCCGCCUUUCACAUCAACCCCUCCAUUGCCAUGCCUGAUCUGAACCAAAGCAGCGGCAGCCCUAUCCAUGCAGUUUGAGACAAACAUUGUCUCUUGUUCUCCGACACCGGUAUCCUAAUAUCAGCGUCAGGUUAUAUAGUACAUCAGAUUCUUGCCCUAGUGUGAAUUAAACUGAAGUUCUUGUCAUAAUUGAACUGCAGUUCUCAAUGAAUAAGGCCUUUCUUGUCAGUAUCAUGCAGCCAAAGCUGCCUUCUAUGGUAGUUUUCAGUCAUACUAGUAUGAAGAAGAAAUCACAUGAAGUAGGGGAUUCUUAUUUCUAUAAACAGUAUUUUGAAUUUACAA